CGGCCCGCUGCCCCCCGUGUCUCGUCCCCCGCCGUGCGUCUCCAGGCCCCGGCUGGCCCGGCGGCCCCCACAGCUGGCUUGGUGGGGCGAGGCUGAAGGCCGGGCCCAGCGAGCACUAUGGCGGCCGCCCUGGGAGCGGGCGGAGGAACCGGCGCUGGAGAUGAUGACUUUGACCAGUUUGAUAAGCCUGGUGCAGAGCGGUCCUGGAGGAGAAGAGCUGCAGACGAGGACUGGGACAGUGAACUUGAAGAUGACUUACUUGGAGAAGAUUUGCUCUCUGGCAAAAAGAAUCAGUCGGAUUUGUCAGAUGAGGAGCUAAAUGAUGAUCUUCUGCAGAGUGAUAACGAAGAGGAAGAAAAUUUCAGUUCUCAGGGUGUCACAAUUAGUCUGAAUACCACAUCUGGCAUGGUCACAUCGUUUGAACUGUCUGACAACACUAAUGACCAGUCUGGAGAACAGGAAUCCGAGUAUGAACAAGGAGAGGAUGAACUCGUUUAUCACAAGUCUGAUGGAUCUGAACUGUAUGCUCCUGAGUACCAGGAAGAAGGACAGUAUGAAGGCCACGGUGCUGAGCUGGCAGAAGACCACAUCGAGUACGCGGGGGAGCCGGAGGAGGAGCCGCUGUACAGCGACGAGGUGUUAGACAUCGAGAUCAACGAGCCUUUAGAUGAGUUCACAGAUGAAGAAUACUUGCAGGCUUGUGGGCAACAAGGGAUGAAAGAGCAGGAAGACUGUGUUGCUGAAGAGGAAUUAGAUGAGAUUACUGAUUCCCAGGUUGCUCCUGAAACUGAAGAGGGAGGCAUGGAAACUUUGGAGCUGCAGAAGGACAUGAAAGAGGAGUCUGAUGAAGAAGAGGAUGAUGAUGAAGAAUCUGGACGAUUACGUUUCAAAACUGAAAGGAAAGAAGGAACAAUUAUUAGGCUCUCAGAUGUAACUAGAGAGAGAAGAAACAUUCCAGAAACUUUGGAGCUUUCAGCAGAAGCCAAAGCUGCGUUGCUUGAAUUCGAAGAAAGGGAGCGACAGCAUAAACAGGGCCGCUACGGCUCGAGGCGGGGAGGAAGGAGAGGAGGUUCGUCCAUGUGUCGUGGAGUGGGAGACCAGAGGAGAGAGAACAGUGAGAGGGGAAGAGCCAAGGAUCACAGGCCCGCCCUGCUGCCCACACAGCCACCUGUGGUGGCGCACUCUCCGAGGUUAAUUCCUCCUCCACAGCCUCAGCCUCCCCCUCCGCCGCCACCGCCGCCGCCUCAGCAGCAGCCGAUCAGAAGUCUGUUCCAGCAGCAGCAGCUCCAGCCUCUGCUUCCCCUGCAGCAUCCCCACCAUCCCUCCCCUCCUCAAGGGAUGCACCUGCCGCCCCAGAUUGAGGCCCCGAGGGCGAUGAUGACCCCUCCUCCUGUGACUCCACAGCAGCCCAAGAACAUACACAUAAAUCCCCACUUCAAGGGGGCAGUGGUGACGCCCGUUCAAGUGCCCUUGCUGCCAGUCCCGAGCCAGCCGAGACCUGCUGUGGGACCCCAGAGAUUCCCGGGCCCUCCAGAGUUCCCACAGCACACACCUGGACCUGUUCCCAACAGCUUCAGCCAGCCCCCGCGGCUUCCUCUUCAGGACCAGUGGAGGGCCCCGCCGCCUCCCCAGGAGCGAGACCCUUUCUUCUUAGGAGGUGAACCAAGGUUCCCGAGCCAUCUCUUUCUGGAACAGCGAAGUCCCCCUCCCCCGCCACCUCCUCCCACGCUUCUUAGCAGUGGUCACCCUGUGCCCACUCCCAGCCCCUUACCAUUCACCCAGCCUGGACCAGCGUUUAAUCAGCAAGGACAGCAGCCUGUGUUCCCCAGAGAGAGGCCCGUGAGGCCAGCCCUCCAGCCGCCAGGGCCGGUGGGGAUUCUGCACUUCAGCCAGCCAGGGUCCGCAGCAGCACGGCCGUUCAUCCCUCCUCGACAGCCCUUCCUGCCUGGCCCUGGACAGCCCUUCCUGCCCGCCCACACACAGCCUAACCUUCAGGGGCCCCUGCACCCUCCUCUGCCCCCUCCCCCGCAGCCCCAGCAGCAGCCCCCGCUCCCGCCCCCGCUCCAGCCACCUUCGCAGCACCAGCCGCCGCCUCCUCCGCCGCCGCCGCACCCGCACCCGCACCAGCACCACCACCUCUCUGUUCCUCCCCCGCCCCUGAUGCCCGCGGCUCAGCCCCAGUUCAGGCCUCACAUGCAGACGGGGCCGCCUCAGCCAAGCAGCAGUCGGACGCAGUGCCCCCAGCGCCAGGGGCUAAGGCAUAACACAACUUCUCAGAAUGUAACCAAACGACCAAUGCAGCAAAUGCAGCCAACUGCUCCAAGAAACAGUAAUUUGCGUGAAUUACCAAUAGCACCAUCACACGUUAUAGAAGUGAGUAACAGUCGCUGCUCCUCCGCACCAGCCGGGGCUCAAGUAAAGCCUAUUAUCAGCACGUCACCGCCCACGAGGCCCGGGGUGGGGCCCAGGACUGCGCAGGGGAAGGCUGAUGUGAAAGUCAAGCCAGUUAGCCCUGUGGGCCGGCCUAAAGAGGAAGCAAAAACAGAACCAGAGUUUCCCGAUGAAGAUGAAGAAACGAGGUUAUACCGCUUAAAGAUAGAAGAACAGAAGCGCCUCCGAGAAGAAAUCCUGAAGCAGAAGGAGCUGCGGCGGCAGCAGCAGGCCGGCGCGAGGAAGAAGGAGCUGCUUGAGAGGCUGGCGCAGCAGCAGCAGCAGCUCUGCCCCCCACCGGCCCUGGCUGGGCAGGAAGAGCAGCUGUCGGCACCGUCGCCCACCAAUGGUAACCCACUGUUACCCUUCCCGGGGGCACAGGUCAGACCGCAUGUGAAAAACAGACUUCUCGUGAAAAACCAAGAUGCCACUGUUUCAAAUGUUCCACCCAAAACAUCCAAUUUUGUGCCAUCUGGUGCUAACACGCAGUAUCAAGGACAGCAGAUGAAACCACUGAAACAUUUGAGACAGGCCAGAACCAUACCUCAGUGUCCAGCUCAGCACAAAGUCCUGCAGGUAAAGCCUGCAGACGGGGAGGGACCGCCACCCCCCUCGCAGACUGCUCGAGCCGCGUCCCUCCAGGGCCGGCCCCCGGAGGCCAAGCCUGGCGCGAAAAGGACUGUCAUGCACCGGGCCAACAACGGUGGCGGAGACGGGCCGCACGUCAGCUCCAAGGUCAGGGUGAUUAAGUUGUCAGGCGGGCAGGGAGGAGAGAGCGAUGGCUUUUUUCACCUGGAGGGCCAGCCUCAGCGGCUCCCUCAGCCCCCAGAAGUGAGACAGCAGCCUGCCCGCAAGGUGACGCUGACCAAGGGGGCGCUUCAGCAGCCCCAGCACCCUCCGGUGGGGGCCCACGUGCACUCAGCCGGCCCUCCAGGCAUCAAGAGCAUCCAAGGAAUUCACCCGGCCAAGAAGGUCAUCAUGCACGGGAGAGGCCGGGGAAUGGCAGGUGCGAUGGGCCGGGGCCGCCUGAUGCCGAACAAGCAGAAUCUCCGGGUGGUGGAGUGCAAGCCUCAGCCCUGCGUCGUGUCUGUUGAAGGGCUUUCUUCCUCCACUACUGACGCCCAGCUGAAGAGCCUGCUGAUGUCAGUAGGACCCAUUCAGAGUUUACAGAUGCUUCCCCAGCAGCGGAAAGCCAUAGCCAAGUUCAAGGAACCCGCCCAUGCGUUAGCGUUUCAGCAGAAGUUCCACAGGCAUAUGAUAGAUUUGUCCCACAUAAAUGUGGCCCUGAUUGUUGAGUGAUUUCUGGCAGGAGAGCCUGACCGUAACGCUGCACACGCGCUGUGGAAUUUCUUCCCGGGAGCUGCUGCGCAGAGCCCCGCGAGCUUAGGUCUCUCCGUCCGCAGCCCUGCGUGGCUGUCGUCCGGAGCGCCCAGCGGCCCAGCACUGAUUCCAGAAGAGCUGACCUUACGGGACGCGGCAGACUCGACUCGGUGUUAGAUCGCUUCACAUUCUCUUGUCACCACAAAGAACUACAGGUUUCGCUUUCUCAUGUUUUCAAAGUGCUUACAAUGCAUGUAGACAUCGUUCUUCGUGAUCUUAUGUAUGAUCGAUUACAGCGACUUAGAGUGAGUAAAGACAUUAACGUCACAAAUUCUCAGUAGUUUUCACAGCAAAGAAUAUUUGAUAAUGGUUGCACUUAUCUUCAGUGCAGGCUAGAUGAGCGUUUUCUCAACCAGCUUCACUUGUUUUACCGUCUCAGAAAGCCCUCAAAAGGCUCUUGUAAAAACGUAGGUUAAAAUUCGGGUGAUUAUGAUUGGCAGUUGCAUAUCCUGGAAAGCAGGGUAUGAGGGUGGUUGGGAGUGGUGCCAAUUGUGUGGCCGAUUCUGCUUCUUGUAAAUACUCCAAAAGCGCCAACUGUAUAGUCCUAGUUCCAAAGGGAGCGCCCCCUUUUAUACUCGUUCUGAAUGCGGCGGAAGUGCUGCUGGGCGUCGUCACACGCCCCCAGGCUGAGCGCAGGUGUCCGGAUGCCCUCACCUCCAGCCCUCGCUGGGCUCCCUGCUAGGCGAGCGUAGCAUACCUGCCAGGUGAGGAGGGUAGGACAGCCUGAAGCUUUCGCAGGCCUGUUUGGUUUUUUCCUCUUUUUAAGUGCAGCCCCAAGUGGCAUAUUCAUGUCACCGGCUCUGUGACGCAUAUAGAACAUUCUUGGGCAAUCUGUGAUUAAGAUUUUCUUUUUUGAAGGCCUUUUGAGCAGGGGCUGCGCUGUCCUUCAGUGGACCCGAGAGCGAGGGGAUGUUUGCGCUGGCUUGUCGUUCUCCGUGGCGUGUGGCGCAGUGUGUCUCUGGGAUGCUGGGUAGGCUCCUUCAGGUGAGAGACGCUUCCUCCCCUUAAAGUCAUCUGUAGUAAAAUUCAUUCUGGGCAAAUGUGGACAAAAGUGCCUUAUUGUAUUUCUGCUCAUGAAGGAGUUUCACUAUUUUGGAUUGAUUCUAAUGUGGACCUGAACUAGUUGAGCAAAUGAUACCGGGGCAUACUCAGACUUUUUAGCUAUAUUUUAUACCUAAGAUUUCCUGUGAGAUUUAUUAAUGGAAUUAAGGGAAAUAGAAGCCUGUUACCACCGGUUAAUGCGUCUGGUUAGCCCAGCGAGGACCAGAUGUGAGCAGGCAGCCCCCCCUGCAGCAAGGCGUCCCUCCUUCUCAGCCUUCUCUUGGGAGCUAAGACACAGGUCACGUGAACUUGUAUCUUCUUAUUUUCACAGUUGAAAUUUUGUAUUACUUUUUCAAAUUAAGUUACCAGAACCAGAGAAGAGCAUUUCAGACCCUGUGAGACUUCCUGUAGCAUUGAUUCCACUGUGGUACCGUGUGCUAGGAGUGAGUCUGGAAUGUGAAGGUGGGUGUUGAUGACUGCUCUUCAGAAGAUUUCGGUUCCGGGAAACUAUAGGCACUCAUAGAACACGCUAGAACACCCCCUCGCCCCCCUGAGCUGAGGUGCCUGGCCACCCGUGCUCCAGAAAGCCCCUGCCUAACCCUUGGGAGGUGGUGGUGUGUGCCAGCCUGGCCCCGGGUGCUCCGGCGGAGCAUCCAGAUGGCCAGUGGCCGCUGCCGCCAUCCUCACAGGUAGAGAUAAAGUCGCGUUCACAGGUUAGGAGCUCAGUCCACGGAGAGCCGCGUUGAAGUGGUGAGUUGGGUAGCAUGCAGGCACCACAUAGGAGAGACCCACACCACUUCCCCGCCCUGGGCAGCAGGAAGGCUUACAGUUAAUGGACUUAUUUUAUCACCGAGGACUUAAUGACGCAGUGAGCUGAGUAUACAAAAUUUGACCGCUUUUUGAAAUAGUCUGAGUGUGUUGUGGCUGUGAAGCUAAAAAUCUGCAUGUUGUCUCUGAAAAGUAGCCAUUCAGGCGUACUUUCUUCUAGUUAGUGGUAAGAAACGAAUCCUAUUUGGGCACCUUUGUUCAAGGCAGACCUCAUGGCUACUUUAAGGUCUGUUUUUGUGUUGUCUGAGUCUGACAGGGGUGCCCCGGAACAGGUGUGUGUCUGUAACAGUCUACGCACACAGAGAAGUAAGCUUUCUCUUGAUAGAAAGUUCUUGAAAGGCCUAGUCGAGCCGGGCCUUCCGGAAAGGACUGGUUAGAAAGGCUUCCCGCGGUCGCUUCCUGAUGCACACGGCCCCUGGGCACGGGCUCUGUUAGUGCCAGCCAGGCCUGGGAACAAAGGCUUUGCUUUCCUUGAGGGAAACUGGAAAAGGAAAGAAAGAAGCAGAAUUAGAAAGGAACGUUAUUUCCAUUUUUGGUGCACUUCUCGCAGUGAAAUCAGACCACGGUGAGCUGAACCCUCUUGGAAGAUCUGCUGCAACCAUUAUCUUUGUUCUUUCGUUAUCAUGCAUUUAAAGGGUAUGCAGGAGCAGUUAACAACCAUGUAAAUAUGGACCUCUUAAAACUAAAUGUUAUUGGAAAUGCUUUCAAUUCAGCAGCAUCUUAGCUAUUUGUUAGUUCCUUUGUGUUGUCUUAUCAAAGUUUAAUGGCUGCAGUUCCAUAACUGUUGAUGUGUUUGUGUGUAUAUUCGAUUUUUAUAAAGAUGGUAGUAAGUCAAUACAUUUAUCCUGACCUGUGUAUUAUUUGUUCACAAAUUCAAGAAGCCAGUAAAUAUCAGUAUAUCUCAUAAGGUGAAGACAGUAGGUGACUGUGUGGACCUGAGGUGCUUUUUCUUUUUGCAUUAUAUCUUGUUUUGAUCUUAUGCUGUAACAGAAGCUCACUUAGCUACUUAUCUGAGCAUAACCUUGCACUACCGUUGGUCUGGCCACAUUUGUUAAAUUCUUAUACUGAUAUCCUUCUUAAGGAGAAAUAUCGUCUCUUUUUUCCAAAAGAAAUAUUGCGGGUUCCCCCCUUUCUGGACAGGCAGCAUGCUAAGUAGGUGUCUGUGCCCUCUCCCCACCGGGGAGGGCGGGGGAGGGGACGGGGGGAGGGGAGGGGGGCGUCAUCAUAACUAUUUCUAAUUGGGGGUCUUCCUUCUCAUGAUUUGUAAAGGUCCUGGAUAAACAAUUGUUUAUGCUUGGUUUUGUAGCGUUUCUGAAUUGUGACAGCUUAGAUCCUGCACAAAGGGGUCUUUUUUUUUAAAGGGCAUUUGGCUUAAUUAUGCAAACAGACUUUGUUGCUGGAAGGAGGCUGGGAGGAGGUGUCCAGGGUGAGGGAAGAAGGAGCCUAGAAGUGGGGCGAGGAGAGUUGUAGCACGGAGGGGUGCUAACGAGGGUCCAUCAGAGGCUUUAUUCUAACACGCUGGCUCUGCACAGGAGUCAGCCGGUCUGGUGGGGAGGCCUGCGGGCGGGCGGCGGGCACGGUGGGCUCGGUAGAUGUCCGCUGGCGGCCCGGGCUGGAGGAGGGGCGUCCGCGCCAGGCCCAGCCCCUUGGGCUCGGUGGACCGCCGGGCUCUUGGACAGGAGGAGGCCUGGCUGGCUUGCGUGGAGGGUAGAUGAGAACUGAGGCCGUGUUGUUUUGAGAACCUGUCACUUUCUUUUUUUGUUUUUUUUUUUUGUUUUUUUUGUUCUUUUGUGUGUUUUUUUGGCUUCUGGUUUUUGUUUUGUUCUGUUUGGCUUUUGUUUUCUUAUUUUUUUAAAUUUCUUUGUUGUUUAAUUGAAGGUAAGCUCAAUGUGCUCGUCGUCCCCUCCUGGGGACGGUCAGGUUUUGGUCAAGGUCUGUGUGCAGAGCACCUAGAGCCGCUCUUGGGGGCUUCUGUCCUCCCUUCUGACCCUUAGAUCCUGGAGAGGCAGCGGGCCGCUUGUCCAGAAGCGUGUCCCCGGCGGGCGCAGGCCCGCGCUGCCCUUGCUCUCCUGGUGCGUCUCUGGGCUUCCCUCACACCCCGGUAGAGCUGCUUUCACUUUCCUGUAGUCAGCUAGAGGCCCCGCCCUGCCCCGUCCCCCCACAGCCCAGCUCCUUUCUCUUUGUUUGUUGGGGGAGGGGGUGGGGUGCUUGAAAGGUAUUUGAUUUUUUACAGGGUUUUAAGUGACAGAAUUCUAAAAGGGAAUUAACCAACAGAGGGAAGGGGGGUGGGUGAGGCGAAAUAGGACCAGGAGAUGCCCCCACCCCCCAUGAAGGAAGCCACAGGAGUUACAUCGAUAGAGGGAAAAUUUAGAUACUCCAUUGUAUUUAAUGAGCAUUUUAUCAAUUAACCUUCUCAACUCUUCUUAAAACUUGUGAAUGAUGCAUUAUUUUGGACAUUGGUAAAUAUGAUCUCUCCAAAGGCAGUCAGCCUUGACUUCUAUUAAAUCCUAAGGAUUUUGUGUAAGGUUUUUUACAACCUAUUUAAUUUUUCUCAUUUAAAGUGCCCAUGGUUUUGUGUCCUAGAACCAAACAAAACUCACUGAUUCAUAUUGGAUCCCAGGUAUACCUUCUGGUAGCGUGUGGUUGGGAAGGAUCAUUGGUUUUACACGUGUAAGCUGCCCUUUCUAGAGAAGGUGCAGAAAAUCUUAACUCGCUCUUUUCUGUGCCGUGUUUUGGUAGGAGUCUUUUCACUAAGAUGGGCAGAGGCAGAGCAGGUACUUUUAGUGAGAAGCUGCUUUUUGCUUUUACUUCUCACCAACUAAAAUGUAAAAAGGCCUCGUGUUGCUGUUUUGUUUUACUUAUUUUGAAAGGUAUGUAGAAAAAUAUAGGCCUUUUAAAAAGGAACAUGAUGUAGUCUUUGAAUUUUAAUAUUUUCCACAGAGUGGACAAACAGUUGUGCUGUUUUAAUAUAUUCUGUAUGUAGUCAUUUAUAUACUCUAGAAAGUAGACCUCUUGCUAGCAUGAUUUUCUUUUAAACUAUUUUUCAUUUUAAGGACACGUAAUGGAACCUGAUUUUUAAAGGACUAUUUAAAUUGUGUGCAGUCUGCAGUAUUGUCUUAGAGUAUAUAAUUUAUGUUUUUGAAGCAACACGCAUGCAUGCAACACACAUUUAUACUGUUGACUGAAGAGCAGAUAAUCAUUUGUUUUUAUAAUUCAGCUUUGCUUUUCACAGGCAUGGGAUCCAGAAUUGUUCUUCCUUUGUGAGGAUUUUAACUCUAAGGCUUUAAUUCCACUGUUUAAUUUUCAGGUUCACCAACAACACAGCCUGAAAUCUGAUUUUUUUUCUCUCCCCCCCCCCCCCCCCCAUUUUUGAGUUGGUUCUCUUUGCUGGGCUCCCAGUCUGGUCUCGCUUCUGCUGCUGAGUGUCUGGGCCACGUCAGCCAGGCCUGCUGUGCACCCUCCUUCCUUCCUUCGGGGGUCUCCCUGCCAAACCCACCAUCCACCGUCCUCAGGCGCGGCCCCUUCUUUCACUUGCCAUUGCUGGGUGUCCAUUCUCUUCUCCUGCCGUCUCCCCUGGUGACGGCUUCUUCAUCUGGUGACGGCGCUCCUUCCUGGCUGCUCUGUCCAAGUGUUAACGUUUAGAAUUCCACUCUCAGUGCCAUGAAUAUCUUUGUGCUGUGUCGACAACUCGAUUACAUCUAAACCUUUGCUUUGACAGGUUUUACUCACGGUUUGUCCCUCCAGGUCUUUGGUUGGCGAGAGUAACAUCUGGAUUCUGUUGUUUUGCAGUCCGACUCAGGGGCUGGGGCCCCGUGGAAGCCAGCGUCCUGCAGCCUGCGCCGGCCGUGCCAUUAAUCACCCCUUCUCUGUUUUUAUCCACUUUUGCAGGACCUCUUUUGCAUGGGUUCAGUGUUAGUGGUAGCGUGCCUCUUCUUCCACUGGGAGGUGACGGCUUGUUUGGCUUUGUUGCCGCUCUCGCUGACUGUGACCCUUCCUAACCUUGUUGCUAAUCGCUGUGAGCUGGUCUGGGCCAGCUCGGCGUCGAGUCUGAAGCUGUGGUUAUGGGGCGCGCAGUGGGAGUUGAGACAUCAAGAGCUGAGCGAAUUGCUUUCCUCUGGGUGAUCUACUCCGUGUUUUCUACCGAACGCUACACACAUUUGCGGGAAAUGACGUUGCCUUGUUUUACCCCAUUUUUCACUUUGCUCUAAUCACUGUGACAGCUUUAUCAGGAAUAUAUGUGAAGAACAGUUGUGACAUGGUUGGAAAAAAUGUAUUCUUGUGUGUAUCAUUUGUGUGAUUCCAUGCUGAGAAAUAUGUUUUGAACUGUAUUGUAAUUUGGAAGAUGUGUUAAUAAAUAGCUUGCAGUUUC